AUGACCCUUGUCACGCACUCACCGUCGACAACACCUACCGUCGCCUCCGAAGCACCUGGUCUCCCGCCCCAACUGGGUGAGAGGCCACAGGGCACCAGAGUCGGGCAUGAGGCUAGAAAGGCGUACAAGGCUGCCGGAUUCUAUCCGCCCAUGCUGACUCACGUGCUAGGCAGAAGAGGACAUAUCGCUACACAGGUCUGUCUGGUCCACCAACCAAGCUACAACGCCCUCAAACGCUCCGCGGUAGGCUGCUCUGCAACUUCUCCCGACUACUGUCCCCUGUGCCUGUUCUUCUCCACGGCUCUCGAACGCAAGAAUGGCGCCUCGCGUCGUCCUCCUGCUCCCGAGGCCUUUAAAGACCACAAAAAGUCUCAGAUAUGGCUUGUGAGCGGUGACCAGGCGGUAUUUGAUCUGUCGCAACCAAAUGGCCUAUUCUCUUUACGUGUCAACGUCGGAAACAGUACUCUUAUCAAAGAGGCCGAUUUUAAUAUCACGUCUUUGCCAGAUGAUCCUCUUGCACUGUAUGGCGAUAUCAUUGGACGCUCUAUCAAUAUAAACCACGCCGGCAACAACAAUGGUUACGACGAAUACGCUGAGCGCAUAACACAAUGGUUGCGUACAUGCGAGAGUGAGCAUGUUGCAUGCCGGAAACCCGUCGUCGCGCACGACUCCAGAGACGGGUGUGAAUCGGUGGGUUUGGCCGAAGGUGACGAGUGCCCUCUGCCCAGCAGACUACUGGACGAAAGUCAUUGUGUAGACUUGGGGAUCGUCCGUCUUUGCGAAACGAUCGGAUUCAAAGGUCGAUACUGUGCACUGUCAUAUAGCUGUGGUCGAUCACCUUCGUUCAAGACGACGCGAGACAACUACGCGCGCAUGCUCGCCGGAUUUUCCAUCAACGACAACGACAUUGACAACAACAACACUGUGCCGACCACUAUCCGGGACGCUAUGCUGUUGACAUGCUCCCUGGGGAUUCGGUACCUGGGGGUAGACGCCCUGUGUAUUAUCCAGGACGACAAGCACGACUGGGCGGUGCAGACGGCUCGAAUGUACCAGGUCUACGGUUACGCGACGCUGACCAUUGCCGCCUCGGCGUGCAAAGACAAAUGGGACGAUCUAUUCCCGCGCCGAAGCACCCAGGACAAAAUUUCAAUCGUGUCGCCAUGCUCGAACGGGCUGGAGUCUGGAGUCAUGACAUUCUCAGCGCGAGACGGCUCGUUUGAAGAACUGCUCGACCGGUGUCCUUUGGCGAGCAGGGCGUGGACGCUCCAAGAACGGGCAUUGUCACGACGAACAGUCCACAUAACGACCGAACAAAUGUACUGGGAAUGUGAACGGCAUUGCGUGUCGGAGAACGGGUCGACUUUCGACGACAUUGCACGAGUCGGGAGCUUUGAACCGCGCAACAGAACCAGUAGUGGCACCUCUGCUACCAGCGGCGACACUCCGUCGUCGUCGAAUUUCAAACACGCCCUGCGUCGCUGGUGGGCCACGGUCAACGACUACGCCCAGAGAGACUUGUUCGCGGCAAGUGACAAGCUGCCUGCGCUCGCCGGACUAGCAAGGCAAUUCCACCGCGUGACCGGCUCGACGUACGUGGCAGGCAUGUGGCUGGAUGACUUCCCCAUGGCGCUUUUGUGGACCACGACGAUCGGAAGAUACAAAACAAAGACAGGGCACGGCGUCGAGAAAUGGCGCGGGCCUUCAUGGUCAUGGUUGUCGAUCGAAGGCGCGCUGAAUUGCGUAGGCCAUCGGAUCAUGCCGUCCGAGACAUUGACGGUCGUGGAACAGCUGGAAUUGGUCUCUGUGGACGUGGCCGUGAAGAGCCCCGACAACAUCUUCGGAGAAGUCACCCGAGCCGUCCUCCGCGUGCGUGGCAAGGUGCAGCGGCUCAGGAGGAGGCUCGUGAAGGCACAGUUCGACUAUGGCGGGUUCCUGGGGAACAUUGAACUUGGAUUUCCCGUUGAGAGUCGGGAUGAAGACGAUGACUUCCCAGACAACGAGGUGCGGUUCGACGAUGAAAUGGACGCCGGCGCACAGAGUACUACGUCGACAUGUGCACGUAAUCUGCCGGAAGAGUUUCUGUGCAUUCUCAUUGAUCGUCGAAAGAAUCCGGGAGGAAGUAAUCAAGAUAGGUUUGCUUUUCUAGUCAUCGAAGAAGUGGGAAAUGGCACAUUCAAACGCAUCGGCAGCGGCAAGGUCAAGGGUCGUUCGUGGUUCGACUUGUGUGAAACUGUCAAUCUGGAUCUUGUGUAG